AUGGCGCCCACCAAAGGGUCGUCUUCCAAAGGCUCCUCGUCCGGAGGUGGCUCGAGGGGAUCCGUCAAGGGCAAGUCCUCGAAUUUCUCUUCUGACUCGCGCGUGAGCAAGUCCAGCAAGAAGAAUGCGCCCAAACGCCCUCCGCCGAAGGAAGUCAAGUCGAAGGCUCGCACCGCCCCGGAGAACCUGCAAAAGAAGAAGAAAAGAGUCUACACAGAGGCUGAGCUGGAUUUGCCUAAGCUGAACUCAAUUACUCCUGUUGGAGUGAUCAAGCCCAAGGGCAAGAAGAAGGGCAAGACUUUUGUCGAUGAUUCAGAGGGUAUGAUGACGAUCCUUGCUAUGGUCAAUGCGGAGAAGGAGGGCCAGAUCGAGUCCAAGAUGAUGAAGGCACGCCAACUUGAGGAGAUUCGCGAAGCCCGGAAGAAGGAGAUGGAGUCAAGAAUUGCCGAGAAGAAGGGCAAGCUCGAGGCAGUCAAGGACUCCAUCCGGAAUAAGAAGAAGGGCGGCAAGGCUGGUGCUAAAGAUGAGAGCUCCCCUGCUGCCUCCAAAUCGGGCAGCUCCAAGGUCUCAAAGCCUAAGCGCAAGAGUGUUUCCUUUGCUUAA